UCCCUACACCGUGUGAAUAAAUCGUUAUUUAUUUGAGAAAGUAUUAUUAGUUGUUAUUAGGUAUACAAUAUAUUAUCAUCGUUCAUGAAAUCAUUCUAAAGUAAUACCCUUGUAUGUUAUUUUGUAUUUGGCGAAUAAACGUUUUAUAAUUGAUUAGUGUUAAUUCCAUUGCGGAUGUUUCCAUUAGUUUAGCCGGGUGUUGUUCGGCUCCAAAAAUUUAGAAUUUGGGUUACAAAUUAAUUUACCUGGAAUAUCAAGAGGCAGCACCAUGUCUAACAAUAAUACCACAGACCCAGCCUUCAAAGUUGUCCCCAGAAGGCAAGCAUGUUUCCUGAUCUGGAGGAUUGAGAAAUUGAAAGUGGUUGCAGUUCCAAAGGAGAAAUAUGGCAGCUUUUUCAAAGGGGAUUCUUACAUUAUUCUCGCAGUGAAGGAAAUAAAGGGGCGCCUAGAUAGCCAUUUACACUUCUGGCUCGGCUCAGACACAUCCCAGGAUGAGGCAGGUGUUGCUGCCUAUAAGACAGUGGAGCUGGAUGAUUAUCUGGGAGGGACGCCAGUCCAACAUAGAGAAGUGGAGGAAAAGGAGUCCCCCAUAUUCAUGAAAUAUUUCCAAUCUAAAGGUGGUGUCACUUAUUUAGAGGGUGGAGUGGCCUCAGGUUUUAACCAUGUCGAGCAUACUUUUCAAGAACGACUUCUGCAUGUUAAAGGCAAGAAAACACCAAGGGUUCGUCAAGUACCAAUUUCAUGGGAUUCCAUGAAUGACGGGGAUGCCUUCAUCCUAGAUUUGGGUGCUGUCUUGUUCUGCUGGCUAGGGAAAGAAGUAAGCACCUCAGAAAAGUUAAAGUGCAUGGCUUAUGCUCGAAAUCUACGUGAUGAACGUGGUAAAGGAGACGUUGUUACAAUUGAGAGUGGAGAAGAAAAGGAUAUGACUGAAGAUGAAUUGAAGUUGUUCGAGGAGAAACUUCCCCUGGGGUCCCGCAGUGUUAAGUCUGCCUCUGAGGGGGGUCAGGAUGAGGCGUUUGAGAGGAAGGCUGGAGCCCAACUGAAGUUAUACCUUUGUUCAGAUGACAGUGGCACCCUGAAAGUAACAGAGAAGAAGGGAGGUCCACUAGUGAAGGGAGACUUGGACACGAAUGACUCUUACAUUGUUGACAAUGGAGAAGCAGGAGUCUACGCUUGGAUUGGCAGGAAAGCUACAAGCGAUGAGCGUAAGGAAGCUAUGAGAAAUGCAAUGGGAUUCAUUGACAAGAAGGGCUAUUCCAAGAACACCCCUGUGACUAAAGUUGUUGAAGGAGGAGAAACGACAGAGUUUAAAGCAAUCUUCAAGUCAUGGCCUGAACCCAAACCUACUGGCAAAGCAUACAACACUAGUAGAAUUGCCAAAACUAUCCAGACAAAGUUUGAUGCAGCUACACUUCAUGAGAACCCAUCAAUGGCUGCUGAAACCAAGAUGGUGGAUGAUGGCUCAGGAAAAAUACAGAUAUGGCGUAUAAAAGACUUUGAUAUGGAACCCCUAGACCAGAAAUAUUUUGGCCAGUUCUAUGGUGGGGACUGCUACAUUAUUCUCUACACAUAUCUUGUGAAUGGCAAAGAAAACUACAUCAUCUACUACUGGCAGGGUAGAAAGUCUAGUGCAGAUGAAAAGGGCACGUCAGCUUUGAAGACAGUUGAGCUUGAUGACUCGAUGGGAGGGGCCCCUGUGCAGAUACGGGUUUGCCAGGGCAAAGAACCACCACACUUCAUGGCAAUGUUUAACGGCAAAAUGAUCGUCUUCGAGGGUGGACAUGCAGGAUGGGGCUCUGAGGAAGAGGGGCCUGGGGAUACCUACCUUAUGCAAGUGAGAGGGACUUCAAAGCUUAACACAAAGGCUGAACAAGUUGAUUGUAGGGCAGCAAGUCUCAACUCCAAUGAUGUCUUUGUGCUGUUUACCAAGAAAGACGUCUAUAUAUGGUCAGGAAAGGGGAGCACAGGUGAUGAGAGAGAGAUGGCCAAGCACAUCGCCACCAUUAACCCUCGCAGUCCCAGCAUGCAGCUUGAGGGCCAGGAGAAGGCAGACUUCUGGGCUGCUUUAGGAGGCAAAGAGGAAUAUGCUAGUGAUAAGAGGCUAGCAGAACCAGAGACAAAUCACCCUGCUAGACUCUUCCAGUGUUCUAAUGCAUCUGGCAGGUUCGUUGUUGAAGAAGUGCCAGACUUUAAUCAGGAUGAUUUGUGUACAGAUGAUGUGAUGCUACUCGAUGCUUUUGAUACUGUCUUCCUGUGGAUCGGGGAAGGUGCUAAUAAGGCAGAAAAGAAACAAGCAGAAACUAGUGCUAUUGAAUAUAUCGCAACUGACCCCUCUGGAAGGGAUCCAGAUACACCUAUUGUGAAGGUGAAACAAGGAUUUGAACCACCGACAUUUACAGGAUUCUUUGGUGCUUGGGACAAUGAUCUUUGGAGCAACAAUAAGACAUAUGCUGAGCUGAAGAAGGAACUUGGAGAGGAGAAUGUUGGUGUCUCUGUUGUAAAGCAGGCCCAACAGAACGGAGGUGGAGGUUUUUCAGACGUAAAAAAAUACUCCUAUGAAGACCUCAUAAAGCAAGAAGAUGAUGGACUACCAGAGGGUAUCGAUACAGGCUCAAAGGAGAUUUAUCUGACUGAGGAAGAGUUCCAAAGUGUGUUCAAGAUGUCCUAUACAGAUUUCAUCGCAAAGCCCCAAUGGAAACAACGGGAGCUUAAGAAAGCUGUCAAGUUAUUUUAACCACAAACAUUUCCUCGUCCACCUUGUUAACAUAAAUGAUGUGCUCUACUGGGCUAAAAUUUGACACCAAUGUCAGCUAUGCUAUGCUGUAUGAAAUUGAAUCUGCAAUUUAAAAUAAUAAAGGACCCUUUAAAUGUAUAAGUUCACGUCAAUUUCUCUCCCUCCACUCUCUGUGUAUUAAAAAUGACCACUGUGACGCCAUAUACAUGGGAACUACAUUCUGCCAUUGUGUAAAGGGACCUGAUUCUUUGAACUUAAGAUCUUUCAAUUAUGAGUAGAAUUUAUGGGUAAAUGAGAUUAUAAGCCUGACACAGUGUCCACUACCACCUUAUUGUGGUUAAAGAUAAUAACUGAAUACUGAAGGCUUCUUAUUUCUAAUUAGAUGAAAUGUCAACCCAUUCUUUAAGAAAUAAUGGGUGUUGGACUUAUAUGAAAUAAGUACUGAGUUGUCAUGAUUAGAGUUAUAUCACACUAGAUUAUAGCUAAUGUCCUUGUGAUAUAUGGUGUGUAAUUUUUAUACAAUCUACAAUUUAUUGUAUUCUUAAGGGUCUCUUAAGGGUGUGCCAUUUUUCCAGUCAGUGUGCUGCUGUUUAUCAUGUUUGAGAUCAUUUUUUCUUGGAGCGUGUAAACUUACAAAUAUUGUUUAUUCUAGUUUUAGCUGAACAAACAUUCCUUUAAAGAAUUCAUUUUUCUAUUCAAUUUAAGAUCUAUGUUCAGGUAUUGUUACGUUUUUAUGACUGAACCUUGAAAUGGACAGAGUGUUCCAAAAGUAACAUGCUUCAUUCUGCUCUGCAACAUUGCAUCAAUCAUGUCUGUAUCUUUUGGAACACCCCUGGCAUUUUGUUAUACAUAUAUGUAGUUUAUAUUCAUAUUUUAUUCUAAUAGUAUGUUAGGUUUAUUUUUUCACAAUAUAUUCUUGUUAUUUUGCACCAGAUGUUCAAAAUCAUUAUCUAUUAUAAUUGUAUUCAACCAAUCAUUGUAAUUUAUCUUUUAUAUACAAUACUUGAGAGGUAUAGGGCAUAUAUAUAAGGGUUUGUUUUGUCGACCAAAAAUGAAACUUGUUUCUCUGAUGAUUCAAUGUUAAUUAAUUGUAAUAAUGAACAAGCACAGUAAAACCUCAUACAUGUGACGUACAUUGAAACUUAUUACAUACAAUGAAACUUAUUACAUACAAUGAAACUUAUUACAUACAAUGAAACUUUUAUGCAGUGAACAUAUUCGGCAUAUAUUGUAAAACAGUAAUAAAUCAGUGUUCACAAU